AUGAGUUUGAGUUUCAAAGCGAAUCACGAUGAUCAAGCUGUUUCUUAUUACGUUGCUUUGCGUGGCGAUGUUCGCCGAUUCCCAAGAAGACCAAAUGAAUGAAAUGGGAACAGGAGUAAGGAAAGCAAGGGUUGAUAUGGCUGAACAUGCUGCGAUGAGUCAAGAUAGUCCUUUAUUAAUGCAACAUGCAACAUUUGAUGGUAACCAAGAAGAUGAAAAGGAAAGAAGGCAAAGAAGAGGAAGAGGAAGAGGAAGAGGACGAGGAAAAGGAAGAAAUGGAAGAGGAUCAAAAGGACAACAAGGAGAAGAUUAAACUCUGGUAGACAUUUUUCAAAUCUCUUCUGGAUACAUGUAUCGUUGUGAAAUACAGAUAAAAAUUUGACUAGAUCGGCUAAAGGUUUUCUCUCAACAAUAUAAGUAUCAUGUAUUUUAAAUUAUUCGCACGGCUAAAAAAAAUCCCGAUAAUUGUAAAAUAAUAAAGCUUGUC